GCGUCACCUAUUUAUUUGGUGUUUAAGUUUAGUUGUUUGUCUUUUACGCAGACACUCUUUUGUUUUGAGGCUUUGUGGAUUUUUAGGGUAUCAUCAAUCCAACAAUGGCGGAUGUGGAACCAGAGGUUGCUGCGGCUGGAAUUAUGAAAAAGAGAACGUUCAAGAAGUUUUCUUUCAGAGGAGUCGAUCUCGAUGCGCUUCUCGACAUGUCCACCGAUGAUCUUGUCAAGCAUUUCAGUGCUCGUGUUCGCAGAAGGUUCUCUAGAGGAUUGACCAGGAAACCUAUGGCUUUGAUCAAGAAAUUGCGCAAAGCGAAAAUAGAGGCACCAGCUGGUGAGAAGCCAGCAGCAGUGAGAACACACUUGAGGAACAUGAUCAUUGUGCCUGAAAUGAUUGGAAGUAUCAUUGGUGUGUACAACGGAAAGACUUUUAACCAAGUCGAGAUCAAACCGGAGAUGAUUGGACAUUACUUGGCUGAAUUCUCAAUCUCCUACAAACCGGUUAAGCAUGGUAGGCCUGGUGUUGGUGCUACCAAUUCCUCCAGGUUUAUUCCUCUCAAGUGAAGAAGCUACUUAUCUCCAAAUAUAUCUUCUUUAGAUGACUUUUAUCUCCUUUUUGAGUUUUGAUUUUCGAACUUAUCGUUAUUAUUAUUGAUGACUUUCUAUUUAAUACCACCAAGGGGUUUUAAAUUUGAGUACUCUAUAUAAAAUUAUUGAUUUUGCUUCUCA